AGAACACUAGUCCACAGUGAGCAGUGUAAGUACGUCCACAUCCAUCCAAUCGAUCCACUGUCAUGUAUGAGGCGCGACUUUGCGUCUAUGGCUAUGUAUGCACUCAAUAAUUCCACCUGCAUCGAUCAGUCUUUCUCUGUUCUCCUGAAUGACAUCCAAUAAUGACACGGGGACAAUGAUCUGAAUGCCUCUUGGAGCUGAGAAGCCCUAUGAGGAUAUAACUGGUGAGACGACGAACCGCGUGAAAGGUUCUAUUGCAGACGUCUUGGUCUUGUUCAGGGUGGUGGCGGCUGAUCAACGAAUGAAGCCCUUUUCGCAGGGAUCGGCGCCCGGCAGGCGGCGCUGCACACCGAAGGAAACGUGUACGCGCUGUCGUUGUCUCUGUGUCGAUGUAAAGGACUUUUUGCCGUCGAGUUGUGCAGCGAAAACGCAGAGCCGAUCGCCAACAAUUUUACCCCGAUUUUAUCGGUGUUCACCUCCUGCACUCCGGUUGCUCUGGGGAACCUGUUUGUUGCAGGUAGCGAAUGGCUUUGAACAGCGCGACCGUUCGGGCCAAGUCAGUCCAGGCGUGGAAGUGGGGUGCAAGGCUGGGCAAGGACAUCGUGAAGGCAGUGGUUGCUCCAGCUCCUCUAGUAUAUCAAGAACGAGCAGCAAACACGUAAGUGCUCCCUCCACCUCUUUUGCAGACGACUUUGCGAAGGACUUGAGGACCGAAAUUCCGCGCAACCCUUUUGAGAAUGGCAGCCCUAUUCAAGGGGCUUCUUGGAGUGCUGUAUCCACAGAGGUGAACACCGGGACAGAGUUGCCGUCUAGUACUAGUGCGUUUCUUGCUUUUGGUACUCCUCAAGAAACCGUCUCGGGUGGAGGCAGUAGUGCUUCAUCGACGAAAUUAGCAAUAUUAGACAAUCGGAAUCAUGUUCUGGAGGUCUUUUUUCGGGAUCGCAUGCGCAAGUAUCUGUCGCAAGUGAAGCGAGAAAGCGACGGAGCAGCCUCGAAAAAGGGAAAGGAGUCAGGAAAGGCAGGAAGUCGAAAGGAGCCUGUGUCUGAGCUAGCCGAAUGCACUAAGAAUCUCGUGACGAAGCAACUCAAAUACGACUUUGGUCCCGCCGAGUCAAUGACUGCCGGACAUGCUGGUGGGAGCGCUUCUGCGGGAGAGCCGAAUGAUGAUAGUGGUAGUGCCGAAAAACAAGACCAAAAAGAUAGUGACACUAGUAGUACUGAUGUGGAUGACUACGAGAAGGAAAGCAGAAGAAAAAACGAUGAAGCGAUAAAUGGCAAGGCGGUUUCACAGGUCAUAAAGGACACUGUCGAAGAGUCCAUGGCGAUGUCGGUUGGCCAAGAGGCGGGGCUAUCCGAGCUCCUCGCGUGGAACUAUCAUGGAGAAGAGGCUAGAGAAAAAGCCAAGAAGGAGAACAACGGGCAGUACAAACCUCCUGAUAAUGUUCCGCUUGUUGAUAACGUGCUCCGCCAAUUCAGACUCUAUCGCAGUCCCAGUUAUGUCGAGUACGAGGACCCUAAAAGUUUUGUUGAAGCAUUCAGGAAAUGUAUUUCGAUUUUUCUUUUUUACAUCUGAAUCUGUCUAAGUACUUACUAUCGUACUACAACUUCAAUGACAAUUGCGCGAACGCAGCAGGGUAAGUUUGGUUUUCAUACACCUUUUUUUCUUUUGGCCUGCUCAAUAGCUCUGGCACUUUUCUCAAGAUUAUGAAGGUACUAUCGCCAGGACCAGUGACCACGCGGUCUGCGAAGUAGCAUCCGAGGAAAUCCGUUUUCCUCCACCCUCACAAACACGCGUCCAGCAGUGCACGGAGGUCAAAAGUCGGUUGCAGCGUCUUCACGAUUUAGCACUGUACGCGAAAAAAAAUGACCUGGUUUCCGACAUUGCCUUGGGCGACAAGGAUGAGGAAUCGAAAGAGAGAAUGCAACGGCUGUGGAAUGCUUUUUGGGGGUUGCUGGUUGACGAAACGCUUCGCACGGACAGCGAGAACACCACGAAGCAUAUGGCCGGGCUCGUAGAUGCUUAUUGCCAUGCUGGGCAAAGUCCCACGCCCGUUUAUGCCGACGGACCACGGCCACCCGUUUUUCUGUUCGGCGUCGUUGAGGACUUUCGUGCUCCUUGGCUCCUAGGAUCAGAAUUCUUUGCGAACGGCUACAGCCACGACUGGUAUCCAGCCUAUAAUCGGCGCUUAGUUUUGUGUGCAAUGUAUCUCGCAGUGCAUGAAGCUUUGGACGUCUUUGUGUUGAUGCCGGACCCUGGGAAAAAAGAUUACAGGAGUCGUGUUCUGUUCGAGGAGCUUAUGCAGCUAAUGGCGUUUCUCGAUGCUGGUGUCAUUAGCCUGCAACCUCUCGCAGGUGAGAACGAGGAUCGUUUCAACGUUCAGGUGUUACAGAUCACAUCUAGUGCCGAGAUGUGCGACGACGCUGUCAAGGGUCAUCGAGAAGUGGAAGAUAAGGACGUCAAUGCGGUGUCUUCGAGACUACGCAAGCAGCUGCGGGCGUUUGCUUGCAGUCCCGAUACAACUGGCACCGAUACAACUGGCACAGCUCUAGUUACGACGAUCGAGUUGACGAAGGGACAGGCACCACCCGUGGGGCAGAUGUACAUACCGUCCAUCCGUGUUCGUGAUGUACCAGCUGGUUUAUCGAAUGGCGCCAGCAGUGACACCUACGCGAGCGUAUUCAGACACGACCUCGAAAUCGUCCGCGAUUUGCUCGAAGAACAGAGGAAGCGAGCACUCGAUACACCUCAUUCUCCGGCUGAAGAGGUCGAUGACAGUUCGGCUUCGGGCACCCGAGUAGCAUCUGACGUCGCCGAGCUUGUCAUGCGAAAAUUGUUAGAAGAGGUUGCAGCGUCACACCCAGAUGGUCCACAAGGCACUUCAACCUUGCAGCUCCAGGAGCGCCCGUCCAAGCUGCGACGACCGAACUCCCCUAACACCGCUUUCGUCGCGGUGGAAGCGGAGCGCUAGAAGGGGUCGGUAGAAUAAAGCAUCUUCAUUCAGUAGAAACGGAGAUGUGAUUACUUAGAAGUGUCAUCUUCUUUCAGAGGAUAACUAGUAGAAAAAUGGAGCAAAGCUUGUUCACUCAGAACAAGAUCAAUUCGCCCCGAGCAUUUUUUUAGAGGAAUUUUGAUAAGAAAAUUCUGCAUGAAAGUAAAUAAGUAAUGUUGGGACGAAUAGAACGUGUACACGACUCAGAAGUCAGGAGAUCAUCAGACGACUAUGGAGCGCCUGUUGUAGUACCACAAGUUGAAUAGCUUUUUAUGCUAGUCUGUGUCUGUCUCAUUCAUAUCGGUAGCUCUGCUCUCUUGCUUUUUUCAGGUUCCUGGUUUCCUCUGUUGCUUGCUUCCUAUCAUUAUAAAUAUCAUCAUCAUGCUAGUAACAAGCAGGGUUGCAGCUCAUUUCUAUUAAGUAGCUCCUUCAACGAGACCGAGGGAGAGGUUGAUUGACCUUGAUAUGCGCAUUCACUUACAUCGUUACAACAAUUCCACCCUGGCACCAGAUCCUAUGUCCUACAUUGUGCCCAGGAUAGAAAGAGACAACGAGGCAAAUUUCCUUUGCGAAACCGAUAUUAUUUCAACAAUGAGGUAGAAGUAACUGGCAGCGCUACAAUUUUGCCUACGUGCGUUCAAUCAGCC